UAUGACUUACAAGUUGUAGUUGCACCAGUUGUACACGUUCGAUAUAGAUAUGUAAUUCCUUACUAAUUGUUGUAGAUGUAGAAGCAGGAGUUCGUCCUCGACAGAUCAAAUUGGGAGCGUGCGAUAGAUAAAAAUCACGCGACGAGAGAGAUGCGACCAAGAAAGGAUGCGGCAUGUUCCUGCGUUGCUCGUUGCAGCUUGGCAAGUGAACGACGACGGCGACGGCCUUCGGCAAAUCAUAACGUUGUGGUGUACAGUCGUCUCCAAAUCAUCUCUGGGCAUGUGGUAAACGACGCGAGCAUCGUACAGGAACAGAGUAGGCCUCCAGGAGCACCCGAAGCAGUCGUCUUCUCGACAGCUCUUGAUACCCUCUACACUGAUUCUAACCUUGCUGGUUACGGCGAAGCAACAAAGCGCUCAUCGUCAACAACAUUAGGACCAGGAUCAGGUUCCUCGACUACUACCUGCUCGUCGUCUUCUGCCAACCUUUUUCCUGAUGUUGUGCCGAUUUUCACUGAGCUUGCACAACGCGGCGUCCACAUAUACCUUGGCUUUGAGGAUUUCUCGGUAAGGAAGAAUACAGAGCCUGCUUCACCUGAACGCACUUUCGCACGAAAAGGGGACAGUUCUCACGCAGGACGAAAGGGACGACACGCGAAAGCGAAAGAACCAGGACCACCUCAGCGCGCAACUAGUGGAGGUAAACCCAGAGCAAAAAAACGCGAUGCUGUGUCUUCUUACACUAGAAACAUAAGAUCCGACUGGGAGGUUCAAGAAUUUGGCUUGUGGACCCACGCAGAGCAAAACGCGCUUCUAGAGGUUCUGCAUUCGAACGAAAACUACACGUCGCUUCGCCAAAUCCUAGGACUACUGGUGACGGCGGAUGUGCUACGCUACGUUAAGGGCUUGCUGAUGAUGAAAAAUGUUGAUCUUGCAAGUAGAGCUGGGGGACGGGGUGAAGCAACGAAGACGUUGCUGCCUGCUUACACGCAUUUUCUGUUGGGUAAAAUUGCAGAUAUGACUCGGCUCGGUCGUACUACUGGAGGUCGCGGCGGGCAACAUCUGACCUUGCCAGUGCCGCUAGAUCGAGAUAGAGACAACGCUGAAGACGAACAGUACACGGCUGACGAUGUUGGAAACUUCAAAGAAAAUAUGACAGGACGCGGGAAAAAAUUGGACCUUUCCGCGGAUCUGAUGGUUGUAUCAAGCAAUUUGAUGCAUUUGAAGGAAGUGAAGGACUUGAUUUCUCCGCGAGUUCUCUGCGUGCAAGCUCGACAAGCCAUGGGCGCAAAGGGUCUUACACCGGCGGCCGUUCUAGCGCCGGUGCGCUACGGCAGUCCGAUCCUUUCAGGUCAGUUUUUGCCCCGAUCCGACUUCCUUCCUGCUCGGUUGCGGUGGUACGAAGAUUUCGUGGUUCGGAGACUCGAAACAGAACUACAGAAGUUGACAGAAAAGCAAAAGGCGAAUCCUGACGCGAGGACCCUCGCGAGAAGCGAAGAGGCACCACCCACUACGACUACCAGCGCAUUGCAUUUUGCAGCUCCACCACCUCCUACACCGAUACCUUUAGAAGAGCAAGGGAGCGUGACAGGAGGCCUCGCAAGUUCCCCUUGGAACAAGCGUCGCAGGCAGCUUGUUUCAGUCGACCCUCUAGGUGCUACCAAACUAGCAUUGGAAAUCGCUCGUACUGCGCUGCGGCUGUGCAAAUUUUAUCACCGGCGUUCGGUGCCGGUCUUUGCGCCAGUGCUGAGGGAUGACCCCUUUGCUUUCGCUGUCGCUGCAGAUCUCUUGCGGGAAAUCGGCCGCAUCGGAGUGCAUGUCGACAUAUCUUUCAUAGCGAAGCUCGAAGACGAGCUGACAACGAGUACACGGCAAACCUCUAGUAUGCUUAUGGAUAACACACAAGCACCAGUAGGAGUAACACGAGAUGAUCCGAGUCUCGAACCCCAUCCGCAGAAGUGGAGACUUCGUGACGUGGUUGUGUUCAUUGGGAUCGCACCGAAUGGCUUGCGUAAGUGGACGCUCGCUGAAAAUCUGAGGCGAUCGCUAGCCGCCAGGAGUGUUCGACUUGUCGCUGUUUUUGAGGACGAACAGGUUCUUGCAGGAGUAAUUUCAUCUGCUGAGAAGUCCAACCAAAUUCAAACUGUUCGUGAUGGGCCAGGUGGAAUAUCUUCUGCGCAAGCGGGAGCUACAUCAGAGCGAUCACAAUCGCCACCACGUAGGCCGAGCGAAACGACGGUGCGUGUAGUCAUGCGCGCUUUCGAAGGGGAUUUGUCUCCUCUUGAAGGCGGAGGAUAUAGUGAAGAUGACACGUUUGCUGACAUCAUGUUGACUCGGGACGACAACAUAGGUAAGACUAUUUCCACGACGUCUCCUUCAAGCUCGUCAACAUUACCUACAGUUUCAACGGCCAAUCUGCUUCCACGCCCUUCUUCGUCUUCUGGGCCAGCAAAUAUCGCUGGUGAAGUCACUUUUCUUAGGACCACGUGGGAUGCCCGUGUGAUUCUUCUUCAUGUAGGAAUAGACGGCGAGCGAGCUAGACGGGGGAGCGUACUUCUUGGCCAACAUUGGGACGAAGAGGAACGGGGCGCCUUUGAUUCUCCGCGAGUUGUGAGAUUCAAAAAGAAAUUGAGGGUACUAGGUUAA